AUGGUUCUCUAUCGAUGGAUAAUGGAUUAUCGUCUUGAAUUGUGCUGGGUUACUGCAAGUAGCCUCUUUGCCAUCUACUCCUUGACGAUCUGUGGAAAGAAGAAGCCGGCAGAGACAGCAUUUAAGCCCAAUGUGCCCAAACAGCCAACAAAAUCCGUGGCCGCACCCGCAAAAUCGGUUCAAUCGAAGCCUCAGUACGAUCCUCAGGAAGAGCCCAAGGAUGGCAAAAAAGCCGAGAAGAGAGAAGAUGAGAAAAAAGAGGAGAAGAAAGAGGAUGGCAAAGAUGGUGGUGAUAAGAAGGACUAUCCCGACGCAAAAGAACAAACGGCAUCUCAAAAGAAGAAGAGACAAGAGGAGUUAAAAAAGGAGAAAGAGAAAAAGAUUGCUGAUGGCUUCUACCAAGAAAAAAGCGAUGAGGAUGACACCCUUGAGAAGAUCAAAUCGUUGGAGGUGGAACACACCGAAAAGAGCAACAAGAAAUCACAGAUUUUGUCGUCUGUUGUAACUCGACCGACCACGAUUGAUGAGAUCAAAAUGCUUCCAACGAACGGGUCAUCUUCAAGCAUUACGAAAACUGUCGUGAAUUUGGCAGACUUUACGACGUCAACAGGAACGAAGCCGAACCCAAGCACUGAAACGAAAACGACUACAAAACCGAAUACGACUUCUGUUACUACAAACUUUUCAACGACUUCUAGCACCACAAAGCUUCCAACCACGGGCACAACCGCAGUCCCUUUGGCGGAUUUAAUGCGAACCACAAUUCCGACUUCAGAAGCAACAACUACAAUAUACAUGCCGCGAUUUCAGCCCGGUGCCGAUGAAAAUCCCGGUGUAAAAGACGGUGCAAUGAGAUACGCUGUAAAGGACAUGGAAAGAGUUGACAUCAAAUUGGCCGUGCCGGCAAAAGAUAGCUUCAACCAUCCGGAUAUUCGUUUAGUUGCGCGUCUGGCCGUAGCGAUGGUUCAGUCGAAGAUGAAUAAGGGAACGCCAUAUGAACGCAUAGGAAUUUACAAAGACCGUCCACCAACACACGUUGAUAUGGAGUUUCCAUCGAUGAAGAAACUGAAGCAGGUGAUUGACGCGAGAAAAGAGAGGGUGGAAGAAAGAAACAAUCAACCCGGAACAGUCAAUCCCGACUAUGAUGGGCCUCCACGUCCACCGAAUGGACUUCCCGAGCCACUCGUCGAUAACGCC